AUGAAGACGGCUCUGAUCCCCAUCGCCGACGGCUCGGAAGAGCUCGAGGCCGUCACGCUGGCCAGCGUCUUGAGGCUCGCUGGCGUCCAAGUGACGCUGGCCACGGUCGGGAACAAGUCGGACCGUAUCGUGACCAUGUCCCGCGACGUCAAAGUGCAGGGCGACGUGGCCAUUGAGGACUGUACUGACAAGAGCUACGACCUCAUCGUGUGCCCAGGCGGCGUACCGGGCGCAGAGCGCCUUCGCGACUCGAAAGAAGUGGUGGCGUUGCUCCGGAAGCAAAAAGACGACGGCAGGUGGUACGGCGCCAUCUGUGCUGCGCCAGCUCUUGUGCUGCAUCCCCACGGCCUGCUGCCUCCCGGCCCUGCGACUUGCUACCCGAACUUUGAAUCCACCAUGACGGGCGUGGACUACAAGCGCGAGGCGGUCGUUGUGAAUGGCAACUGCGUGACUAGUCGCGGUCCGGCUACGACGAUGGCCAUGGCCGUGAAACUCGUCGAGCUACUCUGCAGCCGCGAGGAAGCUCAGGCGGCUGCUGAUGGACUGCUGCACACCCCAAUGCCGUAA